AGGCAGACACAGCUCUGAUCCCCUCCCCAACCCGAGUAGAGAUUUCUGAUCCAGCUGUCACAGCUCUCGGACACCAGGGGCGGAGGGAGAGGCAGGAAGAGUUGGCGGAGGAGUGACCGAGAAGAUAAGGAGGCCGAGCCACCGAGGGGGACGGGAAGGAGGGGGAGCCGACUUGAGCCUGGUGCCUGCCGAGCCGUCCCCGUCCCUCCAUGCAGGUCCCCGUGGGCCCCGCCUGCAUCUUCCUGAGAAAAGGCAUCGCCGAGAAACAGCGGGAGGGGACUGGAUUCCAUGGCAUCCAAGGCCCCCUUUCAGCACAGUGGGAUGGAUGUCCGUUCAGGAAGGGCAGAGGGAGAGAGAUCAAGAUUCCAGGACAGGAGAGAGGAAAUGCGAAGCGAUGAGCAAGAGAGCGAGAGGCAAAGAGCCGUGGGUGGGAGGCAGGAGGAAAGACCGCUGGGACAGGAUGAGAUCGAAGAGCUUCGGGAAGCGUUUCUUGAGUUCGACAAGGACAGAGAUGGGUUCAUCUCUUGUAAGGAUUUGGGGAAUCUCAUGAGGACGAUGGGCUACAUGCCCACAGAGAUGGAGCUGACUGAACUGGGCCAGCAAAUCCGCAUGAACCUGGGUGGCCGUGUAGACUUUGACGACUUCGUGGAGCUGAUGACCCCCAAAUUGCUCGCGGAAACGGCGGGGAUGAUCGGCGUCCAGGAGAUGCGCGAUGCCUUCAAGGAAUUUGACACCAACGGGGACGGGGAGAUCACCCUCGGGGAGCUGCAGCAGGCCAUGCAGAGGCUUCUGGGAGAGAAGCUCACCCCUCGCGAGAUCUCGGAGGUCGUGCAGGAGGCGGACGUGAACGGAGACGGCACGGUCGACUUUGAAGAGUUUGUGAAGAUGAUGUCUCGCUGAGGAGGUUCUGGAAGCCCCCGGUCUCUCCCCACCAGGCCGGCAUGAACCCCGCACUUGUGGAAGACCAGAUCCCCUCGGGCCCGUCCAGGAGAGAGGGUGGGAGGGUGCGUGGUGACUGGCCUUGCAUUGUGUGAGUCGAGGCUGGACCAAAAGUGAUGGCUUUGCCCGGAUGGCGGGCAGGGUGAGGGGAAACCUCUCUAGGACGAAGUAAGAAGCUAGAAAUGAGAUCAGGACCAAGGUCAGCGUCACCCCACCAAUUCCAGAGGUUAAUGACAUCUCGACUUCAUGUAACCCCCAAUGCCUACACCCCAGCAGAGUCUCUUCCCUGGUGUCCUCUUGGGUCAGACUCUCAAAAAGCUCAGCCCAUGGUCCACCCUUCCCCCUUCUUGCUUCAGCUGCUUCAGAUUUCCUCUGUUUCUUUCUGUCGGUAAGAGGGAGGCAUGACAAUCUUGGGGCUACAAACAGGAUUCCUGGGAAGACCGGGCUUGGAAAUGGUUCCAUUAAAGAGGCUUCCAAAGUGA